UUUUUUUUUUUUUUUUUUUGAUCAAACAACUCUCUCUCUCUAACUCUGUCUUCUCCGAAACUCACCGAGUUCAUCGACAAGGGUUCUUCACCGACUCUUUAAGAUCAAGAUUCAAGAAGAUCGAUGGAGGGACAAUGCCGUCUCUCCCUUGCGUCUCUUCUUCUUCUUCUUCUUCUCUUAUCUGCAACUACUUUAACCUCAGCAGCUGAUUACUCUCCCACCGACAACUUCUUCUUGAACUGUGGUGGCUCUUCUGAUCUACCCGACACAGACAACCGUACAUGGAUUCCCGAUGUCAAAUCCAAGUUCUUGUCUUCCUCCGCAGACUCCAAAACCUCUCCCGCCGCCACACAAGACCCUUCCGUCCCCGAUGUCCCUUACAUGACAGCUAGGAUCUUCCGAUCUCCCUUCACUUACUCGUUCCCCGUCGCAGCAGGUCGCAAGUUCGUGCGUCUCCACUUCUACCCCAACUCAUACGACGGUCUCAACGCGACGAACUCCCUCUUCUCCGUCUCCCUCGGGUCCUACACUCUCCUCAAGAACUUCAGCGCUGCUCAGACGGCACAGGCGUUGACUUUCUCUUUCAUUGUUAAGGAGUUUAUAGUGAACGUUGAAGGCGGGGCAUUAAACGUGACCUUCACGCCAGAGUCUGCACCUUCUAACGCCUAUGCGUAUGUGAACGGGAUUGAGGUUACUUCAAUGCCUGAUCUUUACAGCAGCACAGAUGGGUCUUUGACGGUUGUUGGAUCUUCUGGUGGAGUCACCAUCGAUAACAGCACGGCUCUUGAGAAUGUUUAUAGACUCAAUGUGGGAGGGAAUGAUAUCUCUCCUUCUGAUGAUACAGGUCUGUACAGGUCUUGGUACGACGAUCAGCCUUAUAUCUUUGGUGCGGGUCUUGGAAUCACUGAAACUGCUGAUCCAAACAUGACCAUUGAGUAUCCUUCUGGGACGCCUACAUAUGUUGCUCCUGUGGAUGUUUACUCCACUGCUAGGUCAAUGGGUCCAACACCUCAGAUCAAUCUCAACUACAAUCUCACUUGGAUCUUCAGUAUUGACUCCGGGUUUAGUUACCUUGUCAGGCUUCAUUUCUGUGAGGUUGCUCCCAACAUGACAAAGAUCAACCAGAGGGUGUUUACGGUUUACCUCAACAACCAAACAGCUGAGCCUGAAGCUGAUGUUGCUGGCUGGACAGGAGGACAUGGGAUACCAUUACACAAAGAUUACGUGGUGAAUCCUCCUGAUGGUAAGGGACAGCAAGAUCUGUGGCUUGCUCUUCAUCCAAACACGAAGAACAACCCUGAAUACUAUGAUGCUAUUCUUAACGGUGUUGAGAUAUUCAAGAUGAAUAACUCUGAUGGUAAUCUUGCUGGUCCUAAUCCUAUACCUGGUCCACAAGUGACUGCUGAUCCAUCUAAAGUCUUGCGCCCGCGUACUAGUCAGUCCAAGAACCACACGGCUGUUGUUGCAGGUGCAGCCAGUGGUGCAGUUGUUCUCGGACUUAUUGUUGGUUUGUGUGCAAUGAUUGCUUACCGGAGACGUAACCGUGGUGAAAACCAGCCUGCAAGUGAUGCAACAUCAGGGUGGCUUCCACUGUCUCUGUAUGGAAACUCACAUUCUGGUGGUUCUGGAAAGACAAACACAACAGGAAGCUAUGCCUCUUCCCUUCCUUCAAAUCUUUGUCGUCACUUCUCCUUUGCUGAGAUCAAAGCUGCUACUAAGAACUUCGAUGAGUCCCGGGUGCUUGGUGUUGGAGGUUUCGGCAAGGUUUACAGAGGUGAGAUCGAUGGUGGAACUACAAAGGUAGCCAUCAAGAGAGGAAACCCUAUGUCUGAACAAGGAGUACACGAGUUCCAGACAGAGAUUGAAAUGCUUUCAAAGCUUAGACACCGUCACCUUGUGUCUUUGAUUGGAUACUGU